UCGCCGGCCACCGUGGUCGACAAUAUGGCCGCGCCCAUAGCGUCCACGGGCCCGUUGCCGUCUGGCGCAUGGCCCGCCUCGCGGAGUUCGGGCGAUGGAAGGCGCAGAGCCUGGGCCGGGCGGACCUGAGCCGGAAGGGCAGCGUGGACGCGGACGCGGCGCCGGUGGUGGAGCGGCUGAACGCGCGGGAGGAGUUCUUCACCACCAGCUCCUGCGCCGGCCGCGUCCUCCUCCUGGACGGGAGCACAAACGAUUCUGGGAUUCAGAAACAGCACUGCCGCUGGCUCCUGGUCACACACAGACCUUGUGUGAAAGAUGAUGUGGUGGCAGCUCUGAAGGGUGCGACCAGCAAUGCUGUCCUGAAGUUUGAACCAUUUAUCCUCCAUGUGCAGUGCCGGACACUGCAGGACGCACAGACCCUGCAUUCCGUGGCCAUUGAGUCUGGUUUCAGGAACUCUGGCAUCACAGUGGGGAAGCGAGGAAAGACCAUGCUGGCUGUCCGGAGUACACAUGGAUUAGAAGUCCCCUUAAGCCAUAAGGGAAAACUGAUGGUGACAGAGGAAUAUAUUGAGUUCCUGUUAACUAUAGCAAAUCAGAAAAUGGAGGAAAACAAGAAAAGAAUCGAAAGGUUUUAUAGCUGCCUACAACAUGCUCUGGAGAGAAAAGCCACUUCCAGCUCACAUUCUGAGAUCCAAGAGAAAAACAACGCACUCUGUACUCAUAAGACUAACAGGAACCAAGGAAAAGCUCGUGACCCAUCUGUCACUGAAGACUAUGAGAAGGAGCUGGAAGGCGACGAUGGCCUGGGGAUCAGUGCUGCAUUCCUCUUGGAGGAUGACUAAGGUCCGGCACUGUUCGUGUCCGACACACUGUAAAGCUGCUCUUCACAAGAGUGCCAUGGUCUGUAUCAGCCCUGCAGGGGCAGAGUCAGUUUCUCUGGCCUAGAGAAACUCUUACGUGUAAAUCGCUUUGCAAAGUAGCUUUGUGUGUAUUUGCUCUUUGAAUUUUGUUUUGUUUUGUUUUGUUUUAAAGCAUUCCACAAAUAAACUUACAGAUUUUAA